AUGGCCUCCAUAGACGUGUCGACGCAGAGGACUGCUCUCCUGAACGAUGCGACCGUUCUGGAGUACUUACCCACCGAAAUACUAGAGGUCAUCAGAAAUCACACAACCUCACACCUCCUCGAUGCUGUUGCCGAGGCGGCUCUCAUUCCCCAACUUACAGAUCGAAUUUUCCUUCAUUUUGAGAAUGUCUUUCCCGACAUCUGCGCCCGUUGGCUCCUCAACCUCGACAACCAAGCCGUCAAUGGCAAGAACAGACAAAUACUUGCGUCUAUUGCAAGGAUAUUAACCUUUGCUCCGUAUUUAUCGGAAUUUUUGCAGCAUGUCAUGAGAGACGACUUGACGAAAACGACGUCGGAUAACAUCCAGACGCUCAACCUCCGAUUCCCAAAACUCACAACUUUUUCUCCCACACAAGACUCCGACCUCCUAACGCUGUUGCUGGCAGCAUGGCGGCUGGUCUGUUUCGACCAAAGGACCUAUGGCGUCCUGGUCUCACCAACACACAUGCAAGCUCUCUUCUCACAUGAGAGCCGCGCCAUCCGAUACUUGGCGAUCCGGAUUUUCACCCAGCUCCUCCGCGCCGCCGACUCGAAGCUGGAAGCUCUCAUUACCGAGCAUGUCGGAACGACGGAGGUCAUUCUCGCUGAAUUCGAUGGGCGCGAGAUAGACUACGGGUUUCUGAGUCUGUAUGAAGAUUCACGGAUCAAGAAGGUAUCGGCGCUGCGCCGUGAGCUUUGCGAUGCUUCGCAGAGCAAUGAAAUCCACUCUUUCCCACCGCAGUCCCUGACUCCUUACGUUGCGUGCUACGGCAAGACAAUACUGCCGAGACCGUCGGGCCCGGUUGAGAAGAACUCAUCCCUCGUGCUGACGUCCACCACCACCAAAAACCUUGAGAGUCUGGCUGGCCUCUUGAAGAACCCAAGCCCAAUUCUCCUUCAUGGCCUUCCCGGCUCUGGAAAGACCUCCUUGGUCCAUGAAGUUGCAAAGGAGUUUGGAAAGCAUUCCGAGAUGGUGACAUUACACAUCAAUGAGCAAACAGAUGCAAAGAUGCUCAUUGGACUCUAUUCGACCGACUCAAAACCGGGAACUUUCUCAUGGAGAGCCGGUGUACUGACAACCGCGGUCAGAGAAGGUCGUUGGGUCCUCAUCGAAGACCUGGACAGAGCGCCGAACGAAGUCAUCAGCACACUUCUUCCCCUGAUCGAGCGAGGUGAGCUCCUCAUCCCGAGUAGGGGUGAGCGAAUCAAGGCUGCCAACGGAUUCCGUCUCUUUGGCACGGUGAGAAGCUCCCGCGGCAUGCAUGGUCGCGAGACGCUUCCUAAUCUCCUAGGCAUGCGGUUCUGGCAACUUCUCUCGGUGCAGACCCCCACAGAGCCCGAACUACAGGAUAUCAUUGUUGGAUCCCACCCCAUCUUACACAAGUUUGCCCCUGGCAUCCUUGCCGUAUAUAAGCGGUUGUCAAAGCCAAUAUCUGGCAACAUUCCCUUGUCGUCCAGCCGCGGCAUGGCCGAUCGCCAAACCAGCUUGCGAGACCUAUUGCGGUGGUGCAGACGCCUCGGAGCCACGCUGUCCGAGGCAGGCUGCAAAACUGGCGAAGAACCCGUCACUGACACUAUCCGGAUGAACAUGUUCAAGGAGGCCAUUGACUGCUUCGUUGCUGGUAUUCCGGACGUUCAAGCCAAACAACACUUGAUUUUCGGCAUCGCUGAGGAGAUGCAUAUACCCAGGGAGCUAGUCGAGCAUCACCUGGGAAACUACACCCCUGAACUCGAGCAAACCGACAGCCUCUUCAAGAUUGGCCGAUGUACACUGCGCAAGCGCAAGGAGCGCGUGAACAAGGCUGCCCUAGCCAAAAAGCCUUUUGCCAGUACAACGCACGCAAAAAAGUUGUUGGAGCAGACCGCAGUGGCCGUGAACCUGGGCGAGCCGAUCCUCCUCGUCGGUGAGACCGGCAUCGGAAAGACGACAGUCGUUCAACAGUUGGCCGACACGUUGGGCCACAAGCUAGUUGCCAUCAACUUGUCUCAGCAGAGUGAAACUGGAGAUCUUCUCGGAGGCUUCAAGCCAGUCAACGUGAGGAGUCUGGCUGUUCCUUUGAAGGAGGAGUUUGAGGACCUAUUUUCGGCAACUGGCAUCUCGACAACGAAGAACCAGCGAUAUCUCGAGCAGCUGGGAAAGUCAUUCGCCAAGGGACAAUGGGCCAAGGCGGCCAAGUUGUGGCGCGAAGCACCCAAGAUGUUCAAGAAGAUCAUCGACGAGCUGGCCCGGCGAGAGAGGGAGCAAGGCCAAGCUCGCGACGAAGCAGGCCAGCCCACGAAGCGUCGCAAGACUGAGUCCAAACUUCAGACCCUUGUCGAACUCAGUCCUCGUUGGGAAAAGUUCUCCAACAGCCUGGAUCAGUUCGAGGUCCAGCUGUCUGGAGGCUCGACGGCGUUCGCGUUCUCUUUCGUGGAGGGCAACAUUAUCAAGGCCGCUCGGAAUGGUGACUGGGUACUUCUUGACGAGAUCAACUUGGCAUCGCCCGAUACUUUGGAGAGCGUUGCAGAUCUCCUGACGGGACCCGUUGAUACACCCUCCAUUCUCCUAUCUGAAACGGGAGAGAUCGAGAGGAUCAAAGCACACCCGAACUUCCGCAUCUUUGGUGCCAUGAACCCGGCAACAGAUGUGGGCAAGCGCGAUCUUCCUAUUGGCAUCCGGUCUCGAUUCACUGAGCUUUACGUAGACAGUCCGGACAAGGACGUCAAGGACUUGGUCACCAUCGUCAAGACAUACCUGAGAAACAGCAGCAUCAAGGAUGAACACGCAGCAGACGACAUUGCGGCGUUGUACAUGAACACCAAGAGACACGCCGAGGAGAAGAGGAUUGUGGAUGGAGCCAACGAGGUGCCGCAUUUCAGUCUUCGUACUCUUACCCGCGUCUUGACAUUUGUCAAUUACAUUGCCCCCUUUUACGGUAUUCGAAGAGCCUUGUACGAGGGAUUCUCCAUGGGAUUCCUUACACUUCUCGACAGGAACUCGGAAAAGAUGGUAAUGCCGUUGAUCGACCUCCACCUAUUUGGCCGAGUCUCAAAUCCACAGUCCUUGCUUUCACAGCCGCCAAGACAGCCUGACGAUGGUAAGCAGUAUGUCCGCUUCCGUAAUAAGGCAAAGGACCGUCACUACUGGCUUGCUCAGGGAGAAGAAAAGACUCUGGAGCGGACUGACUACAUCAUCACACCCUACGUGGAGCGCAAUCUUCUCAAUCUCGUUCGAGCGACAUCCACGCGACGAUUCCCCAUCCUCAUCCAGGGCCCGACAUCAGCAGGAAAGACGAGUAUGAUCGAGUAUCUGGCCAACUUCACGGGUAACAAGUUUGUGCGUAUCAACAACCACGAACACACGGAUCUGCAAGAAUACCUGGGAACGUAUGUGUCGGACUCAUCAGGAAGGCUUCGUUUCCAAGAAGGUCUCCUUGUUCAAGCCAUGCGACAGGGACAUUGGAUCGUUCUGGACGAACUGAAUCUUGCUCCCACCGACGUUCUCGAAGCACUGAAUCGUCUGCUUGACGACAACCGAGAGCUCCUGAUCCCCGAGACACAAGAAAUCGUGCGACCGCACGAGAACUUCAUGUUAUUCUCCACGCAGAACCCUCCUGGCUUGUACGGUGGCCGCAAGGUGCUGUCGCGCGCGUUCCGUAAUCGUUUCUUGGAGCUGCACUUCGACGACAUCCCCGAGGACGAGUUGGAGUACAUCCUUCAAAACAGAAGCAUCAAUACUGCACCCUCAGACUGUAAGCGAAUUGUCACAGUCUACAAGGAGCUCUCCCGUCUGCGCCAAACGAGUCGACUGUUUGAGCAGAAGGACAGUUUCGCCACGCUCCGUGACCUGUUCCGAUGGGCCCUGCGAAAGGCAGACACGCGAGAACAAAUCGCCGUCAAUGGAUUCAUGCUUCUUGCCGAGCGAGUCCGAGUCGAGGAGGAGCGAACUGCGGUCAGAGAGGUCAUCGAGAACGUGUUCAAGGUCAAGAUUGACCCAGACGUUCUAUACACUGCCAACUCAUCACCAAUCUUGACCGAGGUUCUGGGCAAGUCCAACAACCAUGGCGUAGUGUGGACUCGUGCCAUGCGUCGUCUCUAUGUUUUGGUGCAUGCUGCUAUCCUCAACAAUGAGCCAGUUCUUCUCGUGGGCGAGACUGGAUGUGGCAAAACCACUGUCUGCCAGAUUCUAGGUGAUGUACUUGGAAAGGAGCUGCACAUUGUCAACGCUCACCAGAACACCGAAACGGGAGAUCUCAUCGGCUCCCAGAGGCCCGUGAGAAACCGCGGGGCCAUCUCAGAGGCUCUGAAGAGCGAUCUGAGUGCUCUCCUCGGAGCGCUUGGCGAAGAUGCAACAGGCCCUCUGGACGUUCUGCUGCAACAAUACCACGGCAUUCCGGCGGACAAAUUGGCUAGGGUCGACGCUGCCACACAGGACAAGAUUGCGUUGCUUGAGGCCAAGAGCAAAGCUUUGUUCGAGUGGUCUGACGGAAGUCUCGUUCACGCAAUGAAGUCUGGUCAAUAUUUCCUGCUCGACGAGAUUUCUCUUGCUGAUGACUCUGUCCUGGAACGUCUGAACUCGGUUCUCGAGCCUCAGCGGUCCCUUCUUCUGGCAGAAAAGGGCAUUGAUAACUCUUUCGUCACCGCAGCUGAUGGCUUCCAGUUCUUCGCCACCAUGAACCCAGGCGGCGAUUUCGGCAAGAAAGAACUGUCGCCAGCGCUGAGGAACCGCUUCACCGAGAUCUGGGUUCCCGCCAUGUCUGAGAUGGACGAUAUGCUCGACAUCGUCGUCUCGAAACUGGACCCGUCCUUCCAGGCCUUCGGCAAGCCAGUGGUGCAAUUUGCCCAUUGGUUUGGCCAGACUUUUAGAUCGUCGUCCUCCACCGCGUUUUCAAUCCGUGACAUCCUCAUCUGGGUAAACUUUAUCAAUUUGUGCGGUCCUGCUGCACCCCAGUUUGCCAUUGUUCAUGGUGCGGCGACCGUCUUCAUCGACAGCUUAGGUGCCAAUCCCUCGGCGUUGCUGGCAAUGGAUCCCAAGGCUCUCGAUUCACAACGGCAGAAGUGCCUCGACAAGCUCAGCGAACUUCUUGGGUACGAUACUACAGCAAUUUACCGCGCACAGCCCGAGGUAGUCUUGACCGACGACAGACUGUCCAUCGGCGACUUUGGUCUACCCCGUGAAGCAGGCCGUUCCACAGACCCAAGCUUUGCGUUCAACGCCCCGACUACAAGACUCAACGCCAUGCGAGUGAUGCGUUCCCUUCAAAUGCGAAAGCCCAUCCUGCUCGAGGGUAGCCCAGGUGUCGGCAAGACGACCCUUGUGGCUGCAUUGGCUCGUGUUUGCGGUCGCCCUCUGACUCGUAUCAACUUGUCAGAUCAAACUGACCUGAUGGACCUUUUCGGUACGGACAUGCCUGUCGAGGGCGCCGAAGCGGGCAACUUUGCUUGGCGUGAUGCUCCUUUCCUCCAGGCUAUGCAGAACGGCGAAUGGGUAUUGCUUGAUGAGAUGAACUUGGCCUCUCAGUCUGUGCUGGAAGGUCUCAACGCCUGUCUCGACCAUCGUGGCGAGGUGUACAUCUCCGAACUGGACCAGGUCUUCAGGAGGCAUCCUGAUUUCAGGCUAUUCGCUGCACAGAAUCCCCAUCAUCAGGGAGGUGGGAGAAAGGGUCUUCCCAGCUCUUUCGUGAACAGAUUCAUCGUCGUUUACGCCGACGUCUUCACGGCGGAAGACCUCUUACUUAUUGCUCAACACAACUUCCCCGCUAUCCCCACCGAUGUUGUCAGCGGCGUCAUACAGUUCAUUUCUCGUCUGGAUCAUCAGGUCGCGAUCGAGAAGGCAUUUGGGUCACACGGUAGCCCCUGGGAGUUCAAUUUGAGAGAUAUUUUGAGAUGGCUGCAUCUCGUAGCCACAAAGGAUCCCCUGCUCGCUACUGGCAAGCCAGACGACUUCCUCGACCUCAUCAUCCGUCAACGGUUCCGAUCUUCCACGGAUCGUGAGGAGGUGAACAAGCUCUUCACCGAGGUGUUUUCCAGAGACCCAGAAAGCCACAGUCUUUACCACGAUACCAACGCUGCCUUCUCUCAGGUCGGAAAUGCACUACUGCCCAGAAACCAGACUUCCCAGCCUUUGGAACUGCCUGGCAUCGACAUUGUACCGCGACUUCCCGAGAUUGAGUCCCUGAUGAUCUGCAUCAAACAAGAUAUCCCAUGCAUUCUCAGUGGCCCCUCCGGUAGCGGAAAGUCGGUGCUCCUCGAGCAUGUCGCUGCUCUCGUCGGCAAGCCCCUGAUUGUGUUUCCCCUCAAUGCGGACAUUGACACGAUGGACUUGGUCGGUGGGUUUGAGCAGUCAGACCCUCUUCGCGAAGUCAACGCUACUUUGCGAGAGCUUUAUGAGGGCCUUCAGACCACAGUUCUGAGCAGAGUACCAAGUCAAGUUCCGCCGUCAGCGUUGGCUCUGCUGUACCUUUUGGAGACUUAUCGUGGAGACACCGAUGACCUACCCGCCCUCAGAAGUGCAGUCGAACAAGUACUCACCGAGGUAUCGAGCGAGUCGGAUAUUGGAGCUCUUCUUUUCACGGCUCAUUCAGUUCUGCGAAGCCCGUUGGUUGUCAGCAAUCCCCGUUUCGAGUGGCUUGAUGGAGUCAUAGUCAAGGCCUUGGAAACUGGACAGUGGCUGGUGCUGGACAAUGCCAACCUGUGUAACGCGUCCGUGCUGGACAGACUCAACUCGCUCCUUGAGCCCAACGGCUUUUUGAGUAUCAACGAACACUGCGGACCCAACGGAGAGCCUCGUAUCAUUAGACCACAUCCAGAGUUCCGCAUCUUCCUCACAGUGGAUCCUCGAUAUGGAGAGUUGUCGCGAGCCAUGAGAAACAGAGCCGUUGAGAUCCAUCUCAGCGAGAGGAAGACGCAGCAUUUCAACAGCUCCAGUUCCCAAGUUCAUGUGGAGAGCAGCCUUCAACGAUUCUCUUCCUCAAAGGACAUCUCCUUUUCUACCUUGAGUGCGAACGACUCCUCCGAUGUGAGCCACGCCACCUUUGGAAACCUGUCGCUCAGAGACACAGCGCUCAUGGAGAGAUUCUCUCACUCUCUGCGCCGUGGCUUGGCUGAUCCUAACUGGCCUGGACUCGACAAAUACGAAGGUUCCCUGAAUGAGCAACUUGGGUUCCUGGGUGCUGCCGAUACAGCUAGCAUCCGCGGCGCGAUUUCCCAACUCUAUACCAAAUUGCCUGGCUCCGACUCAGGCCUCAAAGAAGCUCAGCCUCUUAACCCUCUCCACAAUGCUUCCAUGGUGAGAGUCCUGGGCCGCAAUCACGACGAAUUGCCGUUCUGGCUUUCUGCCUGCUACGAAUUCCUAUUGGAAGUCCAACGCUGCCAAUCUGCCAUUUCCGCGCAAGCUACCAAGGCCAAGGCGGUGAAGCUCGCCUCCCUGAACCGACUCCAGCGAUCCAUCGUCUCGGACCGCAUCGCAGCCGUAGCGAAGGAUUCGACGGUCAGGGUGUCGAAGUUCCUGUCAAGAACUCUCCAGGUCAUCAAAACCUUCAUCCAGUCCAACCUCGGGACAGCUCAAGGCUGGAAAGAACGGGCCCAAGUCAUCCGGAACAUGCUCGAUUUCUGGUGGCGAACCCUCAAUUUGACCACUGGGGACAUGUUUGAGGAAGCGCGAUUCCAGGCUCACUUGGUCCAUGGCACCGAGUCCGUCCAAAAGCUUCUCUCGCCAGCAACGCAAUCCAUCAAUCGACAGCUUGCCGAUCGCUACCUUCAGACUGUGGAAGAGGACUUCACCACUGGUUUCCGCCUUACCACUGGUUUGAGCAUGGAGAUCAUGUGGAAGCGGAUCAAGCCGCUUCCCAUCAUGAGCGAGGAAACCCUCAAGAAAAGCCAGGAGGUUGAGCGUUUGGGUAUUCGACUUGACGAGCUCAAGUGGAAGGUCAAGGCAUCCGUCUCCGAUCUUGCCAGAGCCAUGACAACACUCGUCAAAGCCGAUCAAAUUGUUCGGAGCACCGAUCUCGAUGCCACCGAGCUCAUUCAGGACCUGUCCAAGGAGAUUGAACUUUUGGAAUCCAAGGUUGCCUCGGGAACCAGCGAAGUGAAACCGUUCUUCGCGGCAGAGUUUGAAACUCUCCGGCAGGCCUCCGUCUUGAAGUCUCACGCCAGCCAAUACUUCGAAGCCGUGCCAUAUGGAGCCAAUGUGACUGAUCUUACAGUCUUGUCGAACCAGAAUACUAUCGACCAAAUCCGCCUGGGCAGCUUUCAAGCCAAGGAAGCGCAUUCAUUGACGAUUGGCCUGCUUGCGUCCCAAGACCCAGCCACGUAUGUAUGGAACGGCAGACUUACAACAUCGCUCUUGUCAAGGCUCAACUCCAUUCAGUCGACCAGCCUGCGUUCCCUGGGUCUCCUAGAGACCGAACUUCCCGCUAUGGGCCGGUCCGUUGCCGCUUUGGCUCCGGUGCUGCAGAAGAACCACCUCGUUGCUUUCAACAGAGUAAUCAAGUCACUUCUCGCAGACAUCUUCAGUCUCUAUGGCAACAAAGGAGACGUCUACUGUGAGGCGCUAUAUAACAGCAUCAACCAGAUGUUCGAGGACACCAAGGCAGAGACAACUUUGGAGGCUUUGGCAAUGGUCUUGAGUCUAAAGUUUGAGAAGACACUUGACUGCAGCGACUGGCCCAAACAUAUGCAGCAACUUAUCGUGGACCACUUCAGCAAGGCGGUGCUUUACCUUGUAGCAUCUGACAGGAUGCAUCAACACCACGGAGAAUUUGAAUCUAUCGAAGCCUCACUGAUGCCCGGUCUUACUGCUACGGCAUGGUUUGAGUUUGCCAACGGCGCCAUCAAGCUCUACGUGCCCGAUAAAUCCUUCGACCCGCAACUUCGGCCGCAAUUCGAAAAGGACGUCCAUGACGAGUUGACCAAGAACCUACAGCAUAAGAUCUCAUCUUUGUUGGACUUUGAAACUCAAUUUACGGGCCAGCAAACGUCUCUUCGCAUUCAGCUUGCGCAAGAGGAAAUCACCGCACUGGGACCUGCGCCGGCACCUGCACAGCUACUCCACCGACCUGUUCGAUCAGAACUCAACUAUGUCCAGACGGACUUCAACAACGUCCUGAAAAUGGUCAGAGACCAGGAUAUCUCCAGACUCCAUCUCGAGUUUAUAGCGCAACAACCCGACCACCCAACGCCGGAAAUUGAUCUCCUCAAGCAGAACCUAGCUCUGAUGUACGACCGUCUUGCAAACCGAUUUCAUGCCUACCAAGACAUGACUCGGCCUCUCGUCAAUAUUCUAGGCUGUCUCCAAAUAGGUCUGUCAAUGAGCACAGCGACUGUCCACUUGAGUAAGCAUGCUCGGGGAGCCGUAGGAGCGGAGGAAAGCCUAAUGUACCUCACGCCUUUCCUUGGCGGCGAGCCCAUGCACCAUGUGGUCAAAAAGCUCCCGAACAAGAGUUUGGAGUUCCUCGACUACGUUGGUCUGGUCGCGUCAGUCGAGGGCUUGUCAAAGUUGAACGCUCGUGUCCGCGAAGCGCUUUUUGAAUGCGUGCACAGGUUCUAUCAAGAAUGGGUCAAGAAACUCGAAGAAGAUCGCAAGGCUGAGGAGGCCAGAACGAAUCUUUACCGGCACAAGGGAAGUUGGGAGGACGAAGAGGAGGUUGAUGAGGAAGAGUUCAAUGAGCUUUUCCCCACAUAUGAUCAGGAAGAAGAAGAGAAGCCCGCCAUUGGCCACCAGAAGGUUCGCGACGUGUCGGUUCGUCUCGCAGAAUCUCAUCGCAAGGUCUUCCUGGAGCAAGCCACCCCCUCCGAAGCACUGAAGAACGUCUGCCAGAAGGUCGGGAACAGCGUUGUGACGGACCUCAAGGAAAUGUACGCUGUUUUCCCAGGCAUGAACCGUCGACUCCUCCCCCUGUCUCUCUGGUCACUCGAUGAGCAGAUGAUCACGCUCACCGCGAACGGCGUCAGCGCCACGUACAACUUUUAUACCGAAGCCAACCUUCCCGAGGUUCGUCGCCUGAUUGCGCUGAUUGACAAGGUGGAGGCCCGUUUCCGAGAUCUGCAACAAGUCGAUGAGAUCGGUCACAUGCAGCCUUUGGCAGAUGUGCGAGCAGCUUGCGAGCAGCUCCUCGAGCUCACCCACUCGGAGCCUCUGGCCAAGAUCCUCCCCAAGCUGGAGCACUUGCACGGCAUCGUUUACGAGUGGCAACACGGAGGCUACGCUCCCGCCAUCUAUGGAGCUCCUACACUCUACACGUCCCUAACGGAUACCAUCAUUAGCUGGCGUCGCCUGGAACUCUCAACUUGGGCGAAGCUCUUCGACAUGGAAGCCCAGAAGUGCACGGCAGACGCCGACUCGUGGUUCUUCGUCGCCUACCAGGUCCUCAUUGCCGUUCCCCUGUCUCUCGUCGACUCCCCCGAGCUCAAGGACUACGCCGUCAAUCUCGUCAGAGAGCUUGAGACCUACUUCUCAACCGCAAUCAUUGGUCAGUUCUCUGCUCGCCUCAGACUUCUGAGACAGCUGCAAAAGCACCUUGAGCUGCUCUCGGUCGAUUACCCCUCCUUGGCUGUGGUCUCCGACGCAGCCAUCAACUUCAUCGGUUUCUAUUCUCGCUUUGAGAAGGUCGUCCACCAAACGAUUGUCAAGGGACGGGCGCCAUUCGAAAAGACUAUGAAGGAGGUCGUGCUGUUGGCCAGCUGGAAGGACACAAACAUCAACGCCCUCCGUGAGAGCGCACGUAAGUCUCAUUUGAAGCUCUUCCGGCUCGUUCGCAAAUUCCGCGCUCUUCUCGGUCAGCCGAUGAAGCCCAUCCUGGACCAAGGUAUCCCCGAUGAGGAGGUUCCCAUUCUCCAAAAUGCGGUGGCCGCGGACGCGAUUGAUAUCAAGGUCGAUCCCGCAGCCAUUAGCACCUGCAAUCAAGGCUUGCCAGGCUGGCUCGCUCAACAUAAGCGUCUCUCGAAUGCCUCAAAGACGCUUUCCAUCAUGGCCAGCGUUUCUGCACAUGCCAACGAAAGCCCCCUCGACGCCACCCAGGAGAUCGUUUCGUACGUCAAAGAACUCAACACCUCCAUCGCCGAACUGCGCAAGGAGACGCCCAGCACCUUGACCGAUGAGACCAAGGAUCAGGUCAAGCACCUCAAGACGCGCAAGCGCAACCUCUUUGCCGACGUACUCAAGAUGAUGAGGCAAAUGGGCUUCCGAUACAACCUCGGAACCGACGAGUUGGCCCGUCAAGAGUCUGCUGCUGUUAUUCUGGCUGGCUCGCCAGCCUCUGCACUUUGGGAGGACAGCAUCGAUGACGCCUCCGAGUUUUACUUCCAUAAGGUCGUCGAUAUCGCACCCAAGGUCAGAGCCUCCAUCCACGAGUACUCGGGCGACCUUACCGGUGCCGAGAUGCAACGAAGCACCGGCUUCAUGGAGGGUAUGAUGGCCGUUCUACUGGGUCAACACAGCUCCCUGUCUUCUGCUCGUAAGGCGAUUACCUCGCUUGACCGCGUCAUCGCCACCGUUCAAAGCUUGAAUGGCACAACCAUCAGACACGACACCACGCCCGUCCACCCAGGCCUCUCUAUGAGCUGGGUGAAGCCAGUUCUGGACUUUGGUAUCAAGAUUGUGGACAUUCACGGCAAUUUAGCAUCCGUCGACAAUCAGCCCAUCUCGAAUAUCCUGAAAACUGUGCUGCAGGAAGUCGAAACGCUGUCGGAGAGCUGGUCUACCUCCGCUUCAAAGCACGACAAGUUCACCAACGAAUGGCACAGCAAUCUGCUGACAAAAUUCCGGUCUGUGGCGCAGACCUUGAACGGCCAGCUUCCUUCAAGUCGCCGCGAUCUUGACUUCGUCUUGGAGCAGAUCAAGAUAUGGGCUAGCACCCCGAUUCACUUCGGCCGCGAGAUGCCGAGCCUCGAUGCCACCGCCCAGAAGUUCAAGCACGCGAUAUCCAGUCUCUGUGAUGCCGUCCUCGUCGCGGUCCAAGGUUACAAGAAAGCUAUGGCUGAUCUGCCAAGCUCAUCCGACGAUGCAGGCUGGCUGGCAAAGACGUCCACUGUUCGCAGUUCUGGACUCAACGCACUUCAUAUCAACGCAAUCGUGAACAAGGUCGAGGAUUGCUUUGCUGCCUUGGAGGUUGUCGAUUUGGACAAGAACCACAUGGAUACAGUUGCUUCGUCACUCUUCUCCAUCGUACUCCCGAUUCUUCAGCAGUAUUCCCUCACUUGUCGCCAGAGUCUGUCCCAGCUUCAAAGCUUGCAGGCGGCAACUGGCCACAUGACCUAUAACCUGGCACAGACCUUCACUCAGCUUGCCGCCAAGGGAUUCUGCUCCCCUCAGGAAAAGUCCAACGAGCAGUCUGGAGACUCUGGAAAGAUGGAAUCCGGAACAGGUCUAGGAGACGGAGAUGGCGCAGAGGACAUCAGCAAAGACAUCCAGCCUGACGAGGACCUCUCUGAGCUCGCUCAAGAACCCAACAAGGAGAAGGACGGAGAAAUGGAAGACGAAAAGGAUGCGGUCGACAUGGCGGACGAGGAGAUGGAGGGAGAAAUGGGCAGUGUCGGAGGCGGAGAUGAUGAGGAAGACAAGUCUGACGGAGAAGGCGAAGACGGUGAAAAGGACGACAUGGAGGAAGAGGUUGGCGAUGUUGAUGAUUUUGAUCCCACUGCUGUCGACGAGAAGAUGUGGGAUGGAGACAAUGAGGAGGAAGCAGAGAAAGACCAGCAGGGCGAGAAGGCCAAGGGUCAGAAGAAGGACGAGCAGAUGGCUGCCGAUGCCGAAGCCAAUGCUGACGAGAACGACGCCGAAGAUGACGAUAACAAGAUGGACCAAGGCGAUGACGAGGAAGCGGAGGAUGAAGAGCCUGGUCCGGAGCAGGAGGACGCCAAGUUUGAAGACGACCAAGUCAAGCAAGACCAGAACGUUGAAGAGAACGAUGCUCUUGAGAUGCCUGAAGAGAUGGACUUUGACUUUGAGGAUGAAGGAGAAGACGCAAAAUCCGAGGACGAUGAGCUUGACAAGCUGUCCGACGUUGACAAGGAAGACGCUAAAGAACAGCAUGAUUCCGACAUUGAGGAUGGAGAAGAGGAGACUCAGCGGCCGGACGACAAGGAUCCUGAAGAGGAGGACGAGGAUGGCAAGGAGGAGGAGGAGGAGGCGCCCGAGGAAGAUCUUGCAGGCGAGCCUGAGCUCGACAUGGAGCCCAAGGCCGAGGAUGAGGAAGAAGAGGCCGCUCAGCCUGAGCAGCCCGAUGCUCUCGCGGAGCCGCCCAAGGACAAUGCCAACGCCGACGCGAACGCUGCGCCGAGUGAUGUCAAGGGUGGCGGCCAAGACCAAGACGUCGACCAAAUGGACGUUGAAAACGACUUUAACAACAACGCGGCCCAGAAAGACGACGGAGACGCGGGAGAAGGGUCUGCUGAGCAACAGACGAGUGCCGGCAAGAAGGGACAACUCUCCCGGUCCGAUGACCAAGCCCAGCCUACCGAACAGGACCAGGACGAUUCAGCCGAGGAGAAGAGUCGCCAGGACCCCUUCAAGAAGCUCGGCGAUGCCCUGGAACGCUGGCAUCGCCAGCAAAGCGACAUCAAGGACCCCGAGAAGCAGGAGCAGGAAGAGGGUGAGCAGAAGCAGAAGCAGCCGCACGACACCAGUGCAGACCUCGGCGCCCGCGAGUUCCAGCACCUCGAGGACGACGAGACCGCGGUCGACGCUCAGGCCAUGGGCGCCGCCUCGGAGGACCAGGUACAGCCCAUUGACGAGGCCAUGGCCAUUGACGAGGAGAAGGAGGACCCGCAGAGCCGCGUGAUGCCCGAGACGGAGGACGUGGAGAUGGAGCAGGAUGCCGAUCAGAUGGAUACCGCGGAGGAAGCCGCCCCCGAGACGCAGGAGAAGGACGGCAGCGCCGACAAGGACGACGGUCGUUCCGGAGUCAAGACGCGACAGGGCAACUUUGACCGCGAGCCCUCGCCCUCGGAAGACGAAGUCCAAAGAGCAGACGAAGACUCGGACGAGGAGGAGCAGGUCAUUGAUGAAGCGUCGACGCAGCUCUCCACGACCCACAUCAGCGAGGACAAUAGCCUCCCCCUCCGCGACUUCUCCGAAUCCCUCUCGUCGUGGACGGCCUUCCAGACAAAGACGCACCCCUUGUCCCUCUCCCUGACCUCCCAGCUCCGCCUCAUCCUUACGCCCUCACAGUCCACAAAACUAUCGGGCUCCUACCGCACGGGCAAGCGCCUCAACAUCAAAAAGAUCAUCCCCUACAUUGCGUCGAGCUACAAGCGCGACAAGAUCUGGAUGCGCCGCGCCGUCCCCACGAAACGCUCCUACCAGAUCCUCUUGGCUGUCGACGACUCCCGCAGCAUGGGCGAGUCCUCCUCCGGGAACCUCGCCCUCGAGUCCCUCGUCAUGGUCUCCCGCGCCCUGACGAUGCUCGAGGUGGGCCAAGUCGGCGUCCUCGGCUUCGGCGCAGACACCUUUAUGGCGCACGACUUUUCCUCCCCCUUUGCCUCCCACGACGCCGGCGCAAAAGUCCUGCAGCACUUCAACUUCAAGCAGGACCGCACCGAUAUCGCCCUCCUCGUCCGCCGCACAAUCGACCACUUCCGCACCGCGCGGCUGCAGAACCCGGCCCGCGGCGGCGCAGAGGACCUGUGGCAGCUGGCCCUCAUCCUGUCCGACGGCCUGACGCCGUCCAACCAGCACGAGCCGAUCCGCCGCCUCCUCCGCGAGGCCAUGGAAGAGCGCAUCAUGGUCGUCUUCAUCGUCAUGGAUGACACGGGCAACAAGAAGGGCGAUAGCGUGCUGGACCUCAAGGAGGCGAAAUUCGUAAAGGACGAGCACGGCGGCAGCCGCGUCGUCAUUGAGAGGUAUCUCGAUACCUUCCCCUUCCAGUACUACCUCAUCGUGCACAACCUCGAGGACCUGCCCGGCGCGCUGGCUGGACUGCUGAGAACAUGGUUUGCCGAGGUCAAUUCGUGA